GUUGUUUAGUGUAGUCAAAAUUUUUAAAUAUUGAUUUUUGCUUUUUUUAUUCAAUAUAUUCUAAUUCUGCGUUUGUAUUGUCAAUUCAUUUAAAUGUCUUAUGCUUACCUUUUCAAAUACAUCAUUAUAGGUGACACAGGUGUCGGUAAAUCUUGCCUACUACUGCAAUUCACGGACAAAAGAUUCCAGCCAGUUCAUGACUUGACCAUAGGAGUCGAAUUUGGCGCUCGCAUGAUCACGAUAGACGGCAAACAAAUCAAACUUCAGAUCUGGGACACGGCCGGUCAGGAAUCGUUCAGAUCAAUAACGCGUUCCUAUUACAGGGGAGCCGCAGGCGCCUUACUAGUCUACGACAUCACCAGGAGAGAAACGUUCGAUCAUUUGACGACGUGGUUAGAGGACGCUCACCAACAUUCCAACUCCAACAUGGUCAUAAUGCUAAUAGGCAACAAAAGCGACUUAGAGAGCCGGCGAGACGUUAAGAAAGAAGAGGGAGAAGCCUUUGCCCGAGAGCACGGCCUGGUAUUCAUGGAAACCUCCGCUAAAACUGCCGCCAACGUCGAGGAGGCUUUCAUAAAUACGGCCAAAGAAAUUUACGAAAAAAUUCAGGAAGGAAUUUUCGAUAUCAAUAACGAAGCCAACGGUAUUAAAAUAGGACCCCAACAUUCCUCCGCCAACUCCGCCGGACUUAAUAUGCCCUCAUCCGGAUCAGGUCCGGGUUCCGGCUGUUGCUGAUUUAUCGAUUACCGGAAAUACGACACAAACAAAUCACGGGGACAAAAUUUUGAUCUAUUUUUUUGAAGAAUCAAGCUAAACACAAAAGAUUUUAAUUUUUUUUAAUAAAAAUUCGAACCCAACCUCUUAUUUUUUUACACCGCCCUCUUCCCUAAAUAUUUUCCCGGGAACUUCAUUUUCGACAUUUUUAUAUUUUAAAAUUUAAUAUCGUUCUUGCAUUUGUUUUUUAUUCGUCGUUUUUUUUUAAUUUUCACUUUUUUCAUUUUAAUUUAGGCCUUCAUUUUUGACGGGAUUGACGUAAUAUUUCGAUUAAUUGAAAGUUAGAGAAGAAUAAUGAUUAUAAGUUCACCCCCUCCCUCCCCCGGAUCUUGCUUAAGAUCCAAUAAUCUAACUUAUCGAAAUAUUUGAUUUAUCGAAAAUAUUUUACUCAAUCAAAAAAAAAAAUUUCUUAAAGAAAAACGAAUUCUUAUAAAAAUUACGAAAAAUCUUCUUUUUUUUCUGCUUUAUAAUUUUGAAAAAGAUGAUAUAUUAUGUAUCGUUAACCGACAUUGUGGACCCAAAACACAAAAAUGUAUCUUUGAAAUCUGCCCUGAAUAAAUAUUAUAUAUGUUUUAUUUUUACUUUUUAUCAACAAAGCAAACUUUUAAAAGCAUCAAAUUUUUAUAAUAAUUUAUUCAAUUUUAAGUCCCCUUCCUUACCCAUAAAUCAAAAUAAAAAUAUAUAUUCGUAAUUUAUUUUCUUUUAAAGAUUUUUUCUCGUGAAACUUUUAAUUAUAUAAUUUUAUUUUUCAUUAUUUAUGUUUAUCCCUUCCCCCCCCCCUUCUUCUAAUAUGUUUUUAUAUAAAAUUUAUUAUAUUUAAAUUUUAAUAUAAUUAUCGUUUAAAAUUAUAUUUGAUUAUAAGUUUAUAGUAAGUAAAUAAUAUAAUAAACAAUUCUUUAAUCCA